CAGCAGCCGGUUAUGAGCCUCAGAGAUUCGGCGCUGCAGUUUUUCCUGGAUUUUGCCGGCGGUGACGGAAGUGGCUGCCAGCAGGAGCUUCUCGCCAAGGCUUUCCCCCUGGCAAAAUCUGGCUCUGCCCCCAGCAGCCCGAUGAAGAUCAAAGAGCUGUACCGGAGGCGAUACCCGCGGAAGAUCCUGAACGGCUCGGAGCUGACCAUGCUGCACAUGCCGGGUGGGGCCUUACCCAGCACCACCUCCCUGCCGCAAGGGGCGGUGUGCCACCUGGGCUACGACAACAGCGCCAUGGCGACCGCCGUGACCUCCUCCAUGCUGCCGCCACUGCCCAUGCUGGGCCCGAAACACGAGCCUGACAUCCAGCACCUGUCCCCCCCCAUC